CAAGCAACCGCAGCGCGCUCCCCCGCGUGGGUUCCCGCGCCUCACAGGUAAGGGCGGGGUGGACGUCGCGCGUCUGGGGCAGAGCCCUUUUGCUGUCCCGUCUCCUCGCUCCAGGCCUGAGUCUGGCACCCUGGCCAUGUGCAGCCCAGAGGAGGCGGCCCUGCUGCGGCUGGAGGAGGUUUUCUCAGCAACCCUUGCCCGCAUCAACAGCCUUGUCCUCCAGCCCCUUCUUGAGGCUGCUCCAGAGGCCUCAGACCCCUGGGUCCGAGAGUGCCUGCAACUCCUGCAGCAGCUGCAUAGGAGCUCCCAGCAGCUGUGGGACGUGACGGAGGAAAGCCUGCACUCGCUGCGGGAGAGGCUGCGCCACCCUGAAGCCGUCGGCCUGGAGUCCCUGCUGCUGCUGCAGAGCGCGGACCGUGUCCUGCAGGUCCACCUGGAGUACAUCGAGUCCUACACAUGCUGCGUGGCACUGCAGGCCUUUCAGAAGGCAGCGAAGAGGAGGAGUGAGUACUGGCGGGGCCAGCGGAAGGCGCUGCGGCAAGUCCUGUUGGGCGUGAGCUCCGAGGGCUCGGUGGGCACGGCCCUGCUCCAGGCCCUCCGCCAGCCACUUGCCCAUCACGUGCAGCAGUACGUGCUCCUCCUGCUGAGCCUCGGGGACACCAUUGGGGAGUGUCACUCCACCCGGGAGCUGGUGAUACAUGCUGCCGGCCUCUUUGGGGACUUGCAGUCGUUCAUGAGGCAGGAGCUGGACCAGGCCAUGACCACGCAGGCCCUCUGGCCCACGCUGAGUAGCCGGCUGAGGGAUGUGCUCUGCACCCCUGCUCGCCGACUCUUGCAAGACAGCCAGGACGUCCCCGUGACAGUCACCCCACUGCGGGCAGAGCGCGUGCUGCUCUUUGAUGAUGCCCUCGUCCUGCUGCAGGGCCACAACAUCCACACCUUUGAUCUGAAGCUGGUGUGGGUGGAACCUGGGCAGGACAGGUGCACGUUUCACCUCCUCACACCCGAGGAAGAGUUCUCCUUUUGUUCCAAGGACCCGCAGGGCCUGGUGGUCUGGCAAUGGAAGGUUACUCAGGCUGUGUGCCAGGCCUUGCGUGGGAAGAAGGACUUCCCUGUGCUGGGAGCGGGCCUGGAGCCUUCUGAACCCCCCACCUGCCGCUGUGGAGCAUACACCUUCCGUGCAGAGGGCCGCUUCUGCCAGGCCACCUAUGAGGGCGAGUGGUACUGGGGCAGACCCCAUGGCAAGGGAACCCUGAAGUGGCCAGAUGGGCGGAAUCACGUGGGGGAUUUCUGCCAGGGCCUGGAGCACGGCUUUGGCAUCCGCCUGGUGCCCCAGGCCUCCGAGGAUAAGUUUGACUGUUACAAGUGCCACUGGCGGGAAGGCAGCAUGUGCGGCUAUGGCAUCUGUGAGUACAGCACCAGCGAGGUGUACAAGGGCUACUUCCAGGAGGGCCUGCGCCAUGGAUUUGGGGUCCUCGAGAGCGCCCCACAGGCCCCUCGGCCCCUGCGGUACACGGGCCACUGGGAGAGGGGCCAGCGGAGUGGCUACGGUGUCGAGGAGGACAGCGACAGGGGUGAGCGCUAUAUUGGCAUGUGGCAGACUGACCAGCGCCAUGGCCCAGGGGUCAUGGUUACCCAGGCGGGUGUCUGCUACCAGGGCACCUUCCAGGCAGACAAGAUGGUGGGCCCAGGGAUCCUUCUCUCUGAUGAUGACUCCUUAUAUGAGGGCACUUUUACCAGGGACCUGACCCUCGUGGGGAAGGGCAAGGUCACCUUCCCCAAUGGCUUCACCCUGGAGGGCUCUUUCGGCAGCGUGUCAGGGAGAGGACUGCAUACCCAGGGUGUGCUGGACACAGCUGCCCUCCCUCCAGAUCCAAGCAGUACCUGCAAGAGGCAGCUGGGUCAGGGCGUCUUCCCCGUGGAGAGCCGCUGGCAGGGUGUCUAUGGCCCCUUCCGGGACUUUGUUCGUGCCGGCUGCCCUGGGGACCUGCGGGAGGCCCUGCUGGGCUUCCACGUGCAGAGCUCAAGGGAGCUGCGCAAGUCGCAGGAGUACCUGUGCUGUGAGAGGACCUGCCCCGAGGACCAGGCGGGCAGGAUGGAGGACUUCCUGGAGGAGCUGGUGCAGCACCGGGAGCCCGAGGCCCUGCAGCAGUGCCUCAGGAAGGCUCUGAGCAACUCUCUGCAUCCCCUGGGGAAGCUGCUCCGGAUGCUGAUGUUGACCUUCCAGGCCACAUACGCAGGUAUCGGGGCCAACAAGCAUCUGCAGGGGCUGGCGCAGGAGGAGGUGAAGCAGCACGCCCAGGAGCUCUGGGCUGCCUACAGGGGUCUGCUGCAGGUUGCCUUACAGCGCAAGGGCCAGGCCCCAGAGGAGGAUGAAGAUGCAGAGACAAGGGACCUGCGGGUGCACGGCUUGGUGCUCCCCCUCGUGCUGCCCAGCUUCUACUCGGAGCUCUUCACCCUCUACCUGCUGCUUCAUGAGAGAGAGGACAGCCUCUACAGCCAGGGCAUCGUCCACCUGAGCCUCUUCCCUGACACCAGGCUGCUCGAGUUCCUGGACGUGCAGAAGCACCUGUGGCCCCUCAAGGACCUCACACUGACGACCAAUCAGAGAUACUCCCUGGUCAGAGACAAGUGCUUCCUGUCGGCCACGGAGUGUCUGCAGAAGAUGAUCACCACGGUGGACCCCCGCGAGAAGCUGGAGGUGCUGGAGAGGACAUACGGGGAAAUCGAGGCCACCGUGUCGCGGGUGCUGGGCCGGGAGCACAAGCUACCCAUGGACGACCUGCUGCCGCUGCUCAUCUAUGUGGUGUCUCGUGCCCAAAUCCAGCACCUGGGAGCCGAGAUCCACCUGAUCCGUGACAUGAUGGACCCUCUCCACACAGGAGGCCUGUAUGACUUCCUGCUCACAGCCCUGGAGUCCUGCUACGAGCACAUCCAGAAGGAGGACAUGAGGCUGCCCAGCCGCUGGAGCUCCAGGGAGCCAUGGUAGCUCGGCUUCUCCUGGACCCACUGCAGUGCUGAGAGGGCCGCUGUGGAAUGCCCAUGGCCCAGGCCUGGCCCAGCCUGGCCCAGGGGGCAGAAGGCAGGAUGGGCCCUGGAGGUGACUCUGGCUCUUUGAGGAGAUGAGGUCCAGUUUCUCCAGGGAGAUGCUGCUGGAGUCCUGACUGGGAUGAGGGUGACGGGUAUGGCCCUGGAGCUGGUGGUCUGUCCCCCACCACUCUCCAGGCCAGCCUUGGAUGACCUCCUCAAUGCUGAGGCAAAGAGACCCUGACUUCUCCUUGCCUGAGCCUUGCCUUCACGUGACUGAGCCACUCUGGGCCUCAAUGUUGCCAUCUGUAAAAUGGUGGACUAGGGGAUCUGUAAAGAGCCUUCCAUCCAUCUUGCUGAUUUCUGGCAUCCUUCCGUACCAAGGGAAUUGGCCUCUGAACCUGCAUGUGUGAAGGACAGCAGGGGCCCAAGUGUUCCGGCAGGGACUGUACCCAAGGAUUCAGGGGGCCAGUCCAAGGACCCUCAGAGAUACUAGGGAGCAUUAAGCAGAGAGCCGCAGGUGCCUCCAGAAGAAGGGGCAAGGCUGAGCUUCCCUGACUGAUUCCACCAAGUGAACAGCUGGAAUGGAGAAAGGUUUUGGGCUCUAGUGUUUGCCAGACAUGCCCGUGGUGUCCUCACAGAGGUCCCUGGAAGAGGACUGAACUGGUGAAGAAUAGGGAUCCCCAGGAUGCCAUGGGCACGCCCCUCACCCAGGACUGUGGAAGCUCUCUAGCAGCUGUCAGCCGGUUCUCGUCCUUUAACGGGUGACAGCAGCCUUGCCUGAGGGCAGCCCUGAGCUGGUGCGGUGCUGCAGCCUCACUCCCCGCACACUCCCUGGCUUCGUCAGCAUCGGUGCCCACUCGCCACAGUUCAGAUUCACCUGGGCCCUUUCACCCAUCCUCUGGCUGGGCCUCACCCACACCUACUGAACUGGGCCCUCCCAACAGGGCUUCGGGAGAUUCCCAGGGCAGCUCUGCUGUCAGACCCUUUCAGCACAACUGCAGAGCCAGCAGGGGCCUUCAGAUUAGACAGCAGAUUGACAGCUAAGGUCAGUGCUUCAUUUACAGAUGAGACGCCUGGAGCCAGGUGACCACCUGCCAUGUAAGUCCCUUGGGGAGGCUGAUGGAAAUGGCCUGGGGCAGGCUUGUCCACCCUCAGUGAUGGUGUCUCCCAGCUGCUGCGGGAGCCCUUUGGCUGCGGUAAGAGCACUGGUGUCCACUCUGUGAGUCUGGUUGGAAACCAGGGACUCUAGCACCUUGAGUGAUCCUGUUGAUGUGCAAAGUAGCCUCUGCCCCCCGUCUUUCUGGUCCCCAUCUCCUCUCCAGA